AUGGCCGGCAACAAACGCACCUGGGAGGGCAAGGUUGUCCCGCCAUCGCAAGAAAAUACAGAUAUGGCCACACUAGAGCAGCAGACGCCCAUCAUCUCGCUCUUCGGCUAUUUCCGGACUGAAUUAGAACAGCACCAUGACCGUCGCGAACGCGUCAUUAAAGCGUCGCGCGACAUCACGGCGUUGAGUAAGAAGAUUAUCUUCGCGCUGCACAGACUCCGAAAUCUAGGCGGGACAAUUCCUAAGAAUAUUGCUAAGGAGAAUACUGAGCGUUUUGCCCAAAUUGAUGCGCUCUUCAAGUCUCUCGUUCCUGAUCUCUCCGGAAUCAACGCCUGGAGGUACGAAUAUCAAAUUACUUGGGGCAUACAAGAAUAUAUUGAAGCGCUUUCUUUCCAGUAUUACGCUGAAAACCAACGGCUAAUAAGUCUGGAUGCUGUGAGGGGGUCACUUCCCCCAGAAAUCCUAGUCACAGAGACGGAUUAUGUGUUGGGGCUAUUUGACUUGACUGGGGAAUUGAUGCGGUUUGCUAUCACAAACAUUGGGAAAGGCGGCCCCCGCUCUCAGACUACCCUUGCUGGCGCGAAUGUUGACGGAUCCGGUGAGGCGGCACAGUCAAACCUUGUGAGUGAGUCGGCCGCCGAAGGGAUCAUGGUUGACCUGCGGGAAUUGCGGGCCAUGUUCGAGAAGUUGAACGUGCCUAGAGGCCAUUCCUUGAACAAAGAGUUGGCAAAGAAAAUGGAGGUCAUGCAGGCUAGUGUAGAGAAGGUAGAACAAGCCGCAUACGGGCUCCUAAUUAGGGGGCGGGAGCGACCGCAGGGAUGGAUACCUGACGUUUCCAGUGCCGCACCUGUUGAGAGUUACUAA